AUGCCUGCCUCUACUCAAUCAAAACUUAAUUUCACCUCAAAGAAAAAUGUCCCAGGUCACAAGGUGAUUACCCAUGACAUAAUCUUUCGGGCAUCUACCCCUCUAAAAGAAGAGCAGAAAGCCGAGAUAAACCAUGAUGCUGAGAAGAAAAUCGGAAAGGGCAGCGAAAAGGAAGCGGCGAUUAAUGAUCCCGCUCAGCACCCUAUCGCCCCGAAUUUGGAUAACGAAAGAAAACCGGAAGAGGGGGAGCGGGAGCUUUUCCAGGAAGAAUUCAUCGAGAAGCCUAGGUCCAACUUAGGGGUGGACAAAAGCCUCUCAGACAGGGCAUAUGAAGUUACCAAUCGUCAAAUCCAGAAGUACUAUAAGGAUAUUGAAAACUCGAGGAUUAGUACAGCAGUUCAUCAAGAAGGGCUAGCUGAGUUCGAGAAAAUAUUGCGACAUUUCGAUCUAUCUUCUCAAUACGGACCCUGUGUUGGGGUAUCACGCUGCAAGCGCUGGGAGAGAGCAGAGCGCCUUGGCCUUGGACCGCCCAUCGAGGUCCUUGCGGUAUUGCUUAAGGCGGGCCUGGGGGAGGGCAUGGAGGGCCCUCCGAAGGGCUGGGAGUCGGCUCCGGCUGGUUUGCAGGAAGACACCGGUUCCAUAGCCUACAUCAACCAGCUAGUUGCCACACACACAGACUAA